GAGCACAACACUCGAUCAUCGGACGGUUUUGCUGGAGGAGGAUUGCUUAAAAAGGAUAAACAGAUAUAUCCUCUGCACUUUUUUCAUUCUGUACACGACUAAGCUUUUAAACGGAGGCCUUGGAAUCGAUUUCAGUGGUUCUUUUUUUAUUUAAAAGACUGGAUGCUCAAAAGGGUAAAAACGAAAAGAACAAUGAAUCGGCCGGUAUUGCUAUUCGUCUCUCUCCUUUCUCUGGACUCGGUGAUCGGGCAGGCCAGCUACUCCAUUCCAGAAGAAAUGCCCAAAGGAUCCUUAAUUGGAAAUAUCGCUCAUGAUUUAGGAUUAGAAACUAAACGUUUGGUAUCCGGUAAAGCUGAGAUUUUUAACAGAAACAGCGCCGAGUACGUCGAGCUGAACAGAGAAAGAGGAGUGCUCCUCGUCAAGGAGAGAAUCGACAGAGAGGCGCUGUGUACAGAGACCACGGUUUGUGCUUUAGAUUUUCAGGUUAUUUUGGAGAAUCCGAUGGAAUUUUACACAGUUACAAUCCAGAUAACAGAUGUUAAUGAUAAUGCACCGACGUUUGAAAAAGGCGAGAUGAAAUUCAAAAUUAGCGAGUCAGCCAUAAAUGGUGCAAAAUUUGUGUUAGAAAGGGCGGUAGAUCAUGAUGUUGGAAUUAAUGGUCUCCAGGAUUACCUUCUAAAACCAUCAGACCACUUUGUAUUGAAACUGCACAGUAAUGCAAAUGGCCACAAAAACGUGGAGAUGGUUUUACAGAAGCCUUUAGACCGAGAGAAACAGGAGCAGAUAAAUCUAGUGUUAACAGCUGUAGAUGGGGGGGAGCCGCAGAUGUCAGGUACGAUGCUAAUUGUUAUUACAGUCUUAGACGUUAAUGAUAAUGCUCCUGUUUUUACACAGAAAACAUAUAAAGCUGCAGUGACUGAAAAUUCCCCGAAAGGAACAGUUGUGGCUACAGUUACUGCGUCAGAUGCAGAUGACGGUUCUAAUAGUAAAAUUACGUAUUCAAUCACAAACACUUUAGAUAACGUAAGAAAAGUAUUCAAGAUUAACGAGGAAAACGGACAAAUUUCAUUAAUUCAAAAUAUUGAUUUCGAAAAAUCAAAAUAUUUUCAUAUAAAUGUGCUUGCUAGUGACAAUGGUGGACUGACAGAUUCUUCAAAACUGGUUGUCGAUGUGCAAGACGUCAACGACAACAAACCUGAAAUUAGGAUAAUGUCAAAGUCAAAUGUAAUAGCUGAAGAUUCAAACCCUGACACAGUUGUUACAAUUAUAAAUAUAGAAGAUUUAGACUCUGGAAAAAAUGGGGACGUAAAAUGCUUUCUCAAGGAAAAUGUGCCUUUUAUUUUAAAAUCAUCAAGAAAUAAUUUCUAUAGUUUAGUUACAGACAGUGAAUUAGACAGAGAGAGAGCCUCUGAGUAUAAUAUAACAGUGACCUGCUCUGAUGAAGGAGUCCCCUCCCUCUCCAGCAGCGUCACUCUCACCUUACAGAUCUCUGAUGUGAAUGACAACGCGCCUGUCUUUGAGAGGAGCUCAUAUGAGGCCUACAUUGUAGAAAACAACACACCAGGUAUCUCUAUAUUCACAGUGAAAGCCACAGACGCUGACUGGAACCAGAAUGCCCGUGUUUCUUACAUACUGGAGGACUCCUCUGUUAACGGAGUACCAGUCUCCUCAUAUGUGUCCGUUAGUGCUGAUAGUGGAGUCAUCCAUGCAGUGCGCUCUUUUGACUACGAGCAGAUCAAAGAUUUCCAUUUCCGGAUCAAAGCGCAGGAUGGAGGCUCUCCUCCACUCAGCAGCAACGUGACUGUUAAAAUCCUGAUCCAGGAUCAGAACGAUAACCCACCUCAGGUUCUGUACCCAGUCCAGACUGGUGGCUCUGUGGUGGCUGAAAUGGUGCCUCGUUCAGCAGAUGUGGGCUACCUGGUGACUAAAGUGGUGGCUGUUGAUGUGGACUCUGGUCAGAACGCCUGGCUCUCCUAUAAACUGCAGAAAGCCACAGACAGGGCGCUGUUUGAAGUGGGCUUACAGAAUGGAGAAAUAAGAACUAUCCGUCAGGUGACUGAUAAAGAUGCUGUGAAACAGAGACUGACUGUUAUAGUGGAGGACAACGGGCAGCCCUCUCGUUCAGCUACAGUCAUUGUUAACGUGGCGGUGGCGGACAGCUUCCCUGAAGUGCUGUCGGAGUUCACUGACUUUCCACACGAUAAGGAGUACAAUGACAACCUGACUUUUUACUUAGUGUUGGCUCUGGCUGUGGUCUCCUUCCUCUUCAUCACAUGUUUAGUGGUUAUUAUAUCAGUGAAGAUCUACAGAUGGAGACAGUCCCGCAUCCUGUAUCACUCCAGCCUCCCUGUGAUUCCAUAUUAUCCUCCACGUUACUCAGACACUUUGGGAACAGGGACUCUGCCACAUGUGUACAACUACGAGGUGUGCAGGACGACUGACUCCAGAAAGAGUGACAAUAAGUUCGGAGGAGCUGGUGGUCAGAACGUGUUGAUAAUGGAUCCCAGUUCUACAGGGACGAUGCAGCGGAUACAGAGUGAGAAGAACAUCCUGGAUGAACCUGACUCUCCUCUAGAGGUGAGGAGCGCUGUGAUCACUAUUAAAUAA